GGCCAUCAAGCCUCCUGUCCUUUACAAACUGAAAGUGAGCCGUUUUACGACACUUUGACCUUCAAGUGCGCGAUAACGUCUCAUUCGAUGACACCACUGGGUCAUCGUCGGACAUGAUAUCUGUGAAAAGGACGGCACGCGGUGAGCUAGACUGUAAAGCUAGGACUCGCAAACAUUCAAAGAAAUCAAAGUCGACUGGUUGUCCUUCCACAAAGUUGUCAGGAAUUGAUAUCGAUUUAGACAAAUUAAAUCAAACUUGUAGCGUUAAGAAGGAAUAUCCCAAGAAUAAAAAGCUUAGCCGUGAAUCAAAAAAGAGAAUCUUACAAAAAUCUAUUUCUGAGACCAAAGAGCUAACGCAUGGAACACGAAAAUUGUUGCUUACUAGUCUACCAUGCAGUGUCAACCAAACCAUUUUGAGGGAUAUUUUUCCAUCAGUUAUUCAUUUGAAUUUGCGUAAUACAGCUGGUUCGAAGCACGCGCUUUUAGACUUUUCAAGUAAUGACGAUUACUUAGAUGCUGUGAAUCGUUUAAAGUCAAUCGAGUUUGACGGUACUAAACCAAAUUAUCAAGCGGUUGUUGGAUACACAGAAAAUACAGUCCAGUCUAAUCUAUCAAAACAAUUUGUAACUAAUAGUCCCAAUUGUUUAAUUAUACGAAACUUGCCAUACUCACUUACUGCAACUGAGAUUAAAGAACACUUCCCCAUGGCCAAUCGUGUUCAUUUAGGUGUAAAUAAGUUUGGAAUAUUCAAUGGUUCAUGUAUAUUAGAAAUGAAGAAUAAGAAUGAUCUUCAAGUUGUUAUAGAUGAAUGUAAACAUAAGUAUAUUAAUAAUCGACUGGUUAGAGCAAAUCUACAAUGUAAAUCCAAAUCGGAAUCGUCCAAACCUCCCUAUGCAAGUUAUGGUUUGAAACUGAAAGAGGUACCCAAUGUGAUUGAUGAUGAUCGAAUUAAAGCAUUAUUUCCCGAAACAUCUUUGACUGGUUUAAGCUCGGCAUCACGUAAAGAUUCCAAUACUAGAAAUGUGUUCAUCUUCUUCAAAAAGAGUGCUCAGCGUAAAGCGGCUUUUAAGAUGUUCAAGAAUGAAGUUAUCAUGGGUUAUCCAAUUUCCUGUCGAUUAUGGGUUCCUACUAGUCGAAGGCGUAAAUCGCAGAUAAAGAAAAUAGAGGAGAAAGUGAACGAUACAGUUUUAAAUUAUAAAGUACCCAAGUCAAGGUGAAAUUAUCAAUGCAUCUUCGACCAGAGAAAACCAGCCUGCUCCUCGUGAUUCAAUUUUUACUGGAUUUUGAAUAAUCUACGAAGUAUAACGGAAGCCAAUAAUUUGGACGCAAUGGGAGGUGGACUUAUUCCCCAAUAAUUGUUGCAUAGGUGACAUGAACCCCUUUUAAAGACAUGGACAACUAUCGACUCAUUGCAUAAUUUGUAACACUCUUAUUGCCUGGCCUUUGUGAACAUUUCAGUCAGUUCUUUAACUAGGAAGUCGCCACCGUCUUUAUAGUGGGCCGGAGAUGAACUCCAUGAAAAUGGAAUAAAAUUGAAUAUGGAGAAAUGUGGGAAUGUAUCUUCAUCCUUUCCCAAGAAGUUAGUAUUUGAAUCUGAUGGUGGAUAAACAGUGGAGACAGGAUUUUUUUCAACAUCUGUUUUACGGACGAUUUUAGUAGUAAUACACUGGAGGAAUUAUACUGAUUAGAGUAAAAAACAACCUUAUUAUUUGUACAAAGUCAUAUAUUGAUUUAACAAAGAUUAUUUUGAAAGUCUUA